AUGAACCGAACGUCGGUUGUUUCUGUUCUCGCUUUCGGGAUGAGGUGUUCCAGAGAGAUGAAGCGUGAAGGAGAAGCCGCGGCUUUCGGGGCUAUUCUCCUCGACACGAGGUGGGGAGUCGCUGCUGUCUAUCUGGUGCUGUACCUGAUGGUACCUAGAUCCUCGGACUAUUGGUGGCUUUGGAGAAAUGUCAGAUAUACCGGAUAUCUUAUUUCGUCCAAACAUGGCGCUAGUCUAUUCUCGAAUGCUUUCUACUCGCCACCAAAGUGGCCAUCGAGCGGACUUUUGGUCAACGUCACUGUUCCUACAGAGGGAGAGCUCGGUCACAAGUCCUUGGUUCGAAGCUGUGUCCGUCCGUAUAACAGUGGCAGCGACAAUGCCACUUGCCAUCCUGACUGA